GGGGAGGAGGAGGAGGACAACGAGGACACUCUGUGACACACUGUCCUCCAGAGAUACAGAUUCUGGCAUUCUAAAGGAAGAAGGACAAAGAAACCAAAACCAGUUUAUCCAAGGCUUCAACUUUUCAGUCUGACCCUUUGAUCUACAUUCCAUUAUUUUGGUAGCAUGGUGGGAGUGGAUUCGGAAUGGACACAGACCCUUUUCAGAAUUAGAUCAGAUAAUUAAAAUGCAAACAAAUUUCUUUAUUCCUUCACCUCAAGGAGCGUCCUUGGAAAGUAAACACACUUUGGGGCAUUUCAAGGGGGGCGCAGUGAAAGGGUGUCCUUUGUGCCUCAGCUCCAGAGAAAAACGAAAGGUGGGUGGGAAACUAGGAUAGAGGUGAAAAGUAAAAGGGGACUGAAUCAGCGAAUGACAAAGGGAGCAGGGCUCCGCACAGGAGUAGGAGGAAGAAGAGGAGUGACUGGAGCUUGUGUCAAGCUUCCUCUGAAUGGUUAGACAGCUGCCAGGUGGGAGAGGCGGAGGGCGAGGAGGCGGGUUCCGCACGCGGUUGGCCUGGGGCUGAUCCAGUCUUCAGCUCUCGCGGGCUGGGAGUCCGGGGCAGCGGCAGAGGCCACACCCAGGGCUGGCUGGUCCCGCGCUUUCCGGAGCUCAGCAGGCGCUUGCUGCUUGAACUGGCCAAAGAAGGAACGAAUGAAUGACCCUUUUGCCAGGAUGGAGACCCGAGGGCCUCAGGGAGCUGCAAAUCCCAUGGACUCCUCCCGCAGCCUGGGGGACCUCGGGUCUUUUCCGCGCGAGGUGGGGCGCGGGGCCCCGCUGGCUCCGGGCGCCCGGAAUCCCGCGACGGCGGGGGCGAGCCGAAGCCAGGGCGGCGGCCACGAGGACAGAUCGGCAGGUCGGGCCCUCGGACCUUGGGCCGGAGAGGAAUUGGACCGUGAGUCCUGGGUCAGAGAGAAAGUACUCUUUCUCCUGCACCCAGAGAGGUGGUUAGGGACUCAAGGGGACCCUGAACGGGAAAAGGUGGCCGGUGCAAAGGACCUUCCUCACGCGGCGGGUGGAGAGGACCACGGCGAGGAGCCCAACUAUCCUUCUGUCUCUCAACGAGAAAAGCGAAUUUCUGGCAGGCGUGUAGCCCCGCCGCGGGACCCAGCAGACCCACCCAAAUACGUGCUUGUGCGGGUGGAGGAUUAUCAGCUAACACAAGAAGUGUUGCAGACCUCGUGGGCCAAGGGUCGCAUGACCACCAGGACUGAGGAGCACUCCGUGACCGCGCUCACUUUUCGCAGCAGUAGAGAGGGACAGCCUGGGGGACACCGGGCCGCUGCUGAACCCCGGAAUCUCCAGGAACGAACAGGGGCACCCCGCGUUCACGCCACGGAGACGAGGGUUUCACCGUCUCCAGGGACCUUGCUCGAGGAGAUUAAACUCUAAAGAGUAACCCGAGAAAUGUUCCGGGAUGGUGGAUGAGCGAUCAUCCUUAAAAGAAAAUGCUAUUCUGGGAACUCCAACCAGCAAUUAACCUACAGAAGGAACCUUUUGAGAGGCUGGCGCAGAGCUUCAGGCAGGCAGAUUAAUAACUGACCUAGAAACAGAAGUGAAGUUUGAAGUCUGCUCUCUGCAAAGAGGGUGGGAGUGGGUGAAGGAGAGAAGCUUGUUUUAAAAGCCAAAAACAGAAAGUAAGAAGAAAUGGGAAAAUAAAACCAAAGCAGCAAGUGACUCUCUUCUGAUGUGCACUUUUCAUUUUUCUUCCCCACAUUUCAGUGUUAGAAAGAAAAAGAGAGGAGCUAGGGAAAGAAGGAGUUGGGGACAGAAGACUAAGAUUUCAACAUGAAAUUCCAUUUACAAGGCUUUACCGCAAACAAUAGCUCAUUUAGUCCUGUAAACAUGCAUUUAUCAUACAUUUUUAAUUUUAAUAUUAAAAAUACUGCAUGCAAAUGUUCUGAUUUAAAGGUAAAUAACAAUAUGUAGUUUGCCAUAAAAUGAAUGCAUAUCUUAUUCUUUUCCUCAGUUCUUCAUUAGUGAGACCUGUAGUCAAGAAUGGAUUGAAAAUACUGAUCUCCUGGUGUAGUUAAAAAAAUCUCUUCUGGUAUUGCUGAAACAACUAAUUUUUCUUAUUUUGUUUAUUCUUCUUUAUUAUUAAAUACCAUCUGAAUUAACUCUUUAGUAGUUGGCCUGGUUGAAGCUCUGUGAGGAGCAAAGCAGCCCUCUCCAGGUGAACUACUUCACUUUACCACCUGAAGGAGUAUUUACUGCAAGAAUUAACAAAGCAGACUGGAGUGCAAUGGCAGGAUCUCGGCUCACCGCAACCUCUACCUCCCGGGUUCAAGAGAUUCUCCUACCUCAGCCUCCCGAGUAGCUGGGAUUACAGCCAUGCACCAACACGCCCGGCUAAUUUUGUAUUUUUAUUAGAGAUGGGGUUUCUCCAUCUUGGCCAGGCCGGUCUUGAACUCCUGACCUCAGGUGACCCCCCUGCCUUGGCCUCCCAAAGUGCUAGGAUUACAGAUGUUCCUGAUCCAAGCAGAACCCUGUUAUUUGAAGAGCCUGAGAAAUCUUAUCCCAUUUAGAAGUGUCCUGGGAGUGCAUCCAAAGUGAAACUUGAGCAUCCUCAAUACUAAGAAAUCUCUGAGAAUGGCUGGGUCUUGGCUCUUUGAUCUUACCUCUACUCCACUGAAAAAUACGAUUAUCUAAAAUUGUGUUAGGUGGAUGAACCGCAUCAAAGACUUCCAGAAGCCACUCCAGUGACCAUAAGACAAAUGUCAGAAUCGCAUAACCACCAGGAUCAGAGAUGGAGUCUCACUCUGUCACCCAGUCUGUAAUGUAGUGGCAUCAUUGUCACUCACUGCCUCAAACUCCUUGGCUCAAGUGGUCCUCCCACCUCAGCCUCCCAAAUAGCUGGAGCUAUCGGCACAAGCUACCAUGCCUGGCUAUCCUUUUUUGUUGUUAUUUUUUUUUUUUUUAAGCUAAGGAAUGAAUCAAGAAAAUAAAACAUUGCAUGACUGGUA